GCCUCGGGAAGAAUGUCUGGCACCGCUUCUCGUCUUUGCGUCGCUCAAGCGAAACCGGCGAGCUAGCGUACAGCGACGGUUUCAAACGACACCGGCGAGCUAUAGCAUAGCGACGCAAGAUGCGGAUCGCCGUGGUAGGUGCCGGCUGCUGCGGCAUCACGGCCGUCAAGGCAUGCCUCGAAGAAGGGCUGGACGUGGUCUGCUUCGAGAAGGCCUCCGACUGCGGCGGGCUAUGGUGGUAUCGGGAGGAGACGCCCGAGUCCGGUACCGGUACCGUGAUGCGCUUCACCGUGGCCAACACCAGCAAGGAGAUGUCCUGCUACAGCGACUUCCCGCCGGACAAGGACGCUGCAGUGUUCAUGCCCCACUGGCAGACGCUCGAGUACAUCCGAAGCUACGCAGACCACUUCGGAGUGACCCCGAAGAUUCGCUUCAACCACGACGUGCUCAGGCUCGACAGGGAUGGCACACUAAGGAUUCGGGAUUCGAAGACCGGUCGCGAGUGGGAGGACGUUUUCGACGGCGUCCUGGUCUGCACGGGACAUCACGGAUCACCUUCGGUUCCGGACAUUCCUGGCCGAGAGCUGUAUCGAGGGCGGGUGAUGCACUCACGCGAAUACAAAUACGCCGACGACUCGUUUAGGGAUAAGACCGUGGUCGUCGUGGGAUUCGCAAACUCGGCUAUGGACGUCGCUGUGAACCUGAGCACCGUGGCAAGACAGGUGUUCGUGAGCACGAGACGGAUCAACUGGGUCCUGCCAUGCCACUACAAGUCCGUCCCCAUGGACGUGUACGCGUACAACCAGGCGCGACUCUGGCUGUUCAGCUGGUUUCCCCUCUCCUGGUACAGCGGCUUCGUAGAAAGAGUGGCCAACGACACAUGGGACCACAAGGCCCUCGGCGUCCAGCCCAAUCACGACAUCCUGAGCCAGGGCCUGGUCAUCAACCAGUACAUCGACGGCAAACUGCUGGACGGCACCGUGAAAAUUCGUGGACCACCGCAGAGGUUCACCGAAAACGGGCUAGUCAUGAACUACGUCGAAGAAGACGUGGAUGCCGUCAUUUUUGCCACGGGCUUUACGACCGGUUUGCCAUUCCAGACGGACGCCCUCUCAAGAGACGGAGAACGACUUCUGCUCUACAAGAUGAUGAUUCCGCCGGGAAACCCCAACGUCGCGUUCCUGGGUUUCAUCGACGGCAACGCCAACCUCCUGCAGGCGUUCGAAAUGCAGGCUCGGUAUAUGGCGCGAGUUUUCUCGGGAAAGCUGAAGCUGCCUUCCAGGGAGGCCAUGGAAGCCGACGUGGCGGCCACGCAACAGAAGAUAAAAUCAUUCUUCGUCCCGACGCCGAGACACUCGUUGAUGAUAGACAAGAUUGCCUACGUCGAAGAACUCGCAAAGAUCAUCGGCGUUAAGCCCAACUACUUCAAGCUGCUCCUCACGGACCCAAAGGUUUACUACGCUCUCAUGACGUCUCCUGUCCUCAACUACCAGUACAGGCUGGAAGGACCGCACUCCUGGAAAGGAGCUCGCGAUGCAAUCCUGGGAUUCCAGGACAGGCUGCAAGCUCCGCUUCAGCGCAGAAAGAAUGACGAAAAGGGCCUCCCAUCCUCGGCGAGCUGCGUUACCGUGGGGAAGUUGUCCACAUUGCUGGUUGCCGUUGGAAUCUCAGCGUACCUACUUAGCGGUUCGUUGAAGAGCGCGCAGCAAAACGCUUCUCUCGCAUGUGAAAUGGCAGCGAAGCGUUUGCCCCUAUUCGCUGCUACCCCUCUGCUCUACAUAGCGAAUUGGAUGUCACCUAUAUAGUGUAAGGAUUUUUUUUUACUUUCACAGAAGAAGGCGCCGCUCGUCGGUGUUUGAACUUCAGCUGCAAGUUGGUGUCCACCUAUUGGACAUAGGAAGUGCGUACGGAUUGCGUUCGCUGCACCAAGAAUGCCCGUUGCAACGUAUGCAACUGCAGAAGUGUAUACUCUAGAAACCGUACUGUACAGCUGCUUUCUUCGAGAUCUCAACGGGCCCCUUCAUUCACGCGUAUGCAUGCGAUAACCGCCAGCUUUCCCAUAACUUGGCUAAAACAUUCGUAUGGUUGACAGCCUCGAUGAAAUAAUAUUCAUUCGUUGUAUACUCUCUUCCGAGACCCGAAAAAUAAAGAGCGAUUGAUUCA